AUGAUUGUGAUCUACUUUGACCUGAGCAAAGCCUUCGACAAGGUACCGCACAGACGGCUUCUGAUAAAACUGGAAGCCAUUGGCAUCCGACGAUACGAAGAUUUAUUCUCUGUCGAUCUGGCUGCCCAGGAAGACGCAUGGAAG